AUGGCUAAGUUAGAAAGAGAGUCAAUGCGGCCGCCAUCCCCAUCAGUGCCGCCUCUAACAACCACUGGCAUUCCGCUUAACCUAAUUAGCACCUGUACUUCUGCUUCCCCGAUGGCUUGGUCCACCGGGCUCUGCAAUUGUUGUGGUGAUGUUAGCAGUUGUUGCUUGACGUGUUGGUUUCCAUGUGUAACAUUUGGACGCAUUGCAGAAAUUGUGGAUAGGGGAUCAACUCCUUGUGGAGUGAGUGGAACUCUUUACAGUUUGAUGAUGUGCUUGAUGGGUUGCUCGUGUUUGUACUCGUGCUUCUAUAGAACCAAAUUGAGAGGACAAUAUUUCUUGGAGGAGAAGCCCUGCACGGAUUGCUGCGUCCAUUUUUGCUGCGAGGCAUGUGCUUUGUGCCAAGAGUAUAGACAUCUUCAGAACCAGGGCUUUGACAUGUCCAUCGGCUGGCACGGCAACGUUGAAAGGCAGAGACGACUGGCUCCAACAUCAAUGCCACUACAUCCACAACUUUAUGCAGCAGGCAUGACGCGCUAG